CAUCACACAAACUACAUGCAAACUACGCACGCGAAAAAAAAAACUUUUCGUCACGUGGUUUCCGGUUGGCCCAAGCGUGUGUUGUUGAAGGAAGGAAGGCGUGUGGGGCUUCCCUGGGCCGCGGGUUAUAGGCGCUGGCUGGCUUGGCUGUGUGCGUGUGUGUGUCAUUGGCACGGCGGGGCUCCGGCCACCGAACUCCCCGCGCAUCGGAGCACCGCUAAAGCCGCUCGUGUGGCAUGUUGUGGAUCCCGCUAGUUCCGCGACGAGGGAGAAAGACGGCCGGCGAGAUCAAAAAGCGGAACUGCUGAGAAGCGCCGCAGCUGUGGUCACGUCAAGACAGCUACCCCCCCCCCCCCCCCCCCCCACCCCGCUCCAGCCGCCGCUGUCAUGGAUAAGUUGCUAGCGCAGUGCGGCUGCCUCUACGGGCUGCGCUACGGGCCCGAGGAGCUGGAGUCGCUGCAGCGCAGCCACAAGAUCGACAAGAUGAUCCAGAAGGACAAGCAGGUGAUUCGGCGCCAGGUCAAGCUGCUCCUGCUGGGGGCCGGUGAAAGCGGCAAGAGCACUUUCCUCAAGCAGAUGCGCAUCAUCCACCACUGCAACUUCGAGCCCGAGCAGCUACUCGAGUACCGGGCCGUCGUGUUCCAGAACGUGCUUCGCGGCAUGAAGGUGCUGGCGGACGCCCGACAGAAGCUGGCCAUACCGUGGCAGAGGCCCGCGAACGAAGUUCACGCGCAGCGCUUGCUGGGCUACGAGUCGGCCCUCGAGCCGGCCGACGCCGAGACCUUCGGCCGGUACGCGCCCUCGGUGCGGGCCCUGUGGCAGGACGCCGGAAUCCGGACCGCCUUCGAGCGUCGUAUCGAGUUCCAACUGGGCGAUGGAGUUCGCUACUUUUUCGACCACCUGGACCGAAUUGCUACCAAGGAGUACAUACCCACCAACCAGGACAUUCUGCAUGCGCGGAAGGCCACCAAGAGCAUCACAGAGUUCGUGGUGCCCGUCAACGGGGUGCCGUUCCGUUUCGUCGAUGUGGGUGGCCAGAGGUCGCAACGCCAAAAGUGGUUUCGCUGUUUUGACAGUGUCACCUCCAUCCUCUUCCUCGUGUCGUCCAGCGAAUUUGAUCAGGCGUUGCUGGAGGAUCGCUCCACGAACCGACUGGUGGAGUCUCGCAGCAUCUUUGAGACCAUAGUGAACAAUCGGUGCUUCGCCGAGGUGUCAAUCAUCCUGUUUUUCAACAAGACGGACUUGCUCCGCGAGAAGCUCCUUUCGGGAACCACCAGCAUCGCUGACUACAUCGAGAGCUUCCGCGGCGACCCGCACAACCUCGGCGACGUGCAACGCUUCCUGGUGAACUGGUUUUACCAGGCUCGCCGCAGCCAGCACAAGCCGCUCUUCCACCACUUCACCACGGCUGUGGACACGGAGAACAUCAAGGUGGUGUUCAACGCGGUCCGCGACACCAUCCUGCAGAAGAACAUCACCCAGCUCAUGCUGCAGUGACACAGCAGCCGGCCAGCCUCCUCUUAUGUGUCCGCGUGUGUGUGCGACUGUAGUGAUCUAUUGGCGGGUUCUGUUGGAGAUUGUAAAGUCAGCUAUUCUUGCAUCUGGCUAAGUGUUACCAUAAGUGGGUGGGGCAGUACAUUUCUCACGAAUUUUUGCUAGGACAACUUUAACGUCUGUUGUAUGAUUCUGAUACGCUGUAUGGGAGUGCGCGCUCAGUGCACAGCUUCUUGUGAGCUUGUCGCAUUCGGUUUGCCGUUGAAACUGCAGAAAAGUGACAACCAAGCUAAACUGUUAGGAAAAAAAAAAUGUUAUGGAUAACUAUAAAGGGAGCAGUCAGUUAAGUUGUAAGAGAUUGUGUGACUGUAAAAUGCAAUUAACUUUGGCAAGCCUUUUGAUCUUGCAUGUACUUGCAGAACUUGCAUCAUAGAUCGCUGCAGCGGGGGUGCUUCGCGUGGCACGUGUGCAGCUGCCUGCCUGGCUGCACUUUUAUGGCAGUGCGUUCACUGCUCUAGUCUGAAGUGCAGCUUUAAGUGAACUUUUUCUUGGGGGCACGUCUGGGAGUACAAAUGGUAAUUGCCGAUGUACAUAUUGUAAAUAAACACGCAAAGUGCCUCGACCUUCUUGAGUCAACUUGUGCUGCAUACCAGUGACUCAGUACUGUGCCCUGCGGCACAGCUAUCGUGUCUGCCAAAGGGUUUGUGCGAAGUGUUCAUGCUGGUGGGAGGAGGCGAAUUUAAACUUGAAAAAGGAAAUUUGCCCUCUCCAGGAAUUUGGAAGCCGGCAAGGCUUGCACGUUACAACUUCUUGCGUGGUUUUGCUCGUGCAGCCAGUUUCGUAGACACUUUAGUAGAAUGUGAACAUGAAAAGUGAGUUAUAACAACACGUGAUGGUUUUUUUGGCACCUUGUUAUGUUCUGGCAUCUUGCAGACAGUGCAGAUGAUGUUGCUACUUUUGUUUGCCUGUUCUAUUCCUGUAGCCUUCCUAGUGUUUUGCAUUCUUGUAUGCUGGGCAUCAAGUGCACUUGAAAUUAGACGGAAGCCAGAUGCGGGGAACAGCCUGGUGGUAACGCCUGCCUGAUGCAACAUGCUGCCUAUGAAGUAAGUGGCACCUCACGUUGAGAUACCCGUGAACAUACUUUCUUAGCUGUGAUUUGCGAACAUCGAACCUGAAGCUUACAGCAGACAUGCAUUUCUGUAUGUCUGUUGAAUGUCUACAGGUGCUUUUACAUUGUGUAUUGCUUAUUAAUUAAAAAUACUCAAGGAAACUGUUAGGAAGAUUGGAGUUUUCGAUUAGGUGUUCAACCUUCCAGCCUUCAAAUGGUAAGAAGUACUCACUUUAAGUUUGCCAUGAGUUCCGAGGAAAUUUUAUGGGAUUGUGGCCUGUGGCCAUUUUUGGGAUUCAUGCAAGAGGUGGUCUCAUACUCAGUUUUCUUUCCUCACCGUUUUCUGUAUGUCCAUUUGCCAAGUGCAGUUUAAUGUGCCAAGUUAUCGCAGUUCCCUCCAGAGAGCAGGGACCAGUGCCUCCAUUUUUUUUCUGUGACCACAGUUUCAUUAGCACAUGUUGUAUGUUAGUGACUCUACUAGCCCACGAAGCAAUUCGUUGUUUGCAGUGUGUAUGUGCCUGCGUGAGCUGUUGAUGGCAGCUAUCUCCUUCCUGUUAUAUGUAAUGUUAAAUGAGUGCUACUACUAUAAUGUGUGAAAGUGGGAACAAGGGAGUGUUUUCUACCAUGCAAGUAGUAACGGUGUGUUUCUGUUGCAGUUUCUCAUGUCGGUAGUCCACUUGCAGCUCCCUGUGCUUGGUGUUACGUGCAUGUGAUGUCUUCAAAACACUCCUACGUUUUCCUAAAGUGCAAUGAAAUUCAUGGGCACGACCAGUCAGGCUUUCACCUUCUACGCCAGCGUACGCUCGAAAACUGACUGUUGCCCAAUACAUUUUUGUAUUUUUUGCAGCAGUGGUUGGUCUGUUCAAUUAUAUAUUUUUUUUCUUGACGCAACAUACCUAACUGUUUUCCUAAAAACUUCAUAUAUCUUUUCAUCUCGCUUCUUUCUUUUUAUGCAUGUGUGUUGCACCAUAAAGAGCUUAUGUGACCACGGAGCUUUGAUCUAUGUAGGCUUAUGUAAAGCCUGUUGUGUCUGUGCCGAAAGUUGCCUACCUUUUUAUGACCAUGUGCAGCUGAACAAAUUUAGACGGCAGCUUGUAUAUGCGGCACACUUUAAGAUGCCAGUAUUUACUUGUGCAUUCAAGGUCUGCCUGACAUGCUACUUGCAGUAAUGUGUUGCGAAGACUUGAAAAAGCGUUUCUGCGGGACGUCACAUUACCACCUUCUUUUUUUGUCUCCUUAUGAUACUAUAAAGAUUGAAUGUGUCCUCUUACAUCGAAGGGCACUAGAUGCAAGUCCGGUCGGAUUAGAAGAACAUAAAUAUCACUGGAGCACAACAUGUCCCGGUUCACAACUAGGGGGUUUGAGGUGCACCGGUCGAUGCACUGGGCUGCCUCGUGUUACCCUUCAAGAAUGUCCCGUCUUGGUGCAGACAAAAGAUCAAAUUGUCUGCACCUCGUACGAGGAUGAGAGUUGCACGUGCCUUAAGCUCUGUUACACUGUUCUCGCUUGCGUGCAAUCCUGGCCAUUGCAUGCAGCGACAAGCAUUCGAAGCAGUGCACUUUCACUGGCGUGGCACUGCAGGCCACGGGAAGCUUCACUCAGGGAAAGGUGGCCCGGGCAGUCCACUCUCUGCAGUGAUAGUAUUAUUGCGGUCACUGGUUGGUGCGUGCAGCAAAAGAUGUAUUUUGUCCUCUUGACAUUUGUUCUUUCUUUGCUGCCGUGCGUUAUUAGUGGCGACAGGCCUGUUCGACUUCUUGGGUAUUUGUCACUGCCGAGCUAUCCUGUCCUCUUGUGUUGUUUGUAUGCAACAUACUUUAUUAUUACUUCUGUGUCACGCUAGAAAAGUGAGUUUUCUUUUUUUUUCUUUUUCUUUCAUUAGCAUUUGGUGGGACAGCAUUAAACGGAGAUUCCAUUGAAACAAGUUUACGGCGAAAUUGUGUAUGUUCAGAUGGGUGGCCAUUUGACCAGGGUCCAGUUUUCAUUUUUGUGCUAUAAGUACUAGAGCGGUGGUACUCAUGCAAAAAAAUAUAUGCAGUUAUUUUAAGUUUUAAGACGUUUUGGAAAAUAAAUGUGGAAACACUGCUA